GCGACCUCUGUCUGGAGAGGAUUCAAGAUGACCAACGAGGAACCUCUUCCCAAAAAGGUUCGACUGAGUGAGACAGACUUCAAAGUUAUGGCACGAGAUGAGUUCAUUUUAAGAUGGAAACAGUAUGAAGCAUAUGUUCAAGCUUUGGAGGGCAAGUACACAGAUCUGAACUCUAAUGAUGUAACUGGCUUAAGGGAGUCGGAAGAAAAACUAAAGCAACAACAGCAAGAGUCUGCACGCAGGGAGAACAUUCUUGUAAUGCGACUAGCAACCAAGGAGCAAGAAAUGCAAGAGUGUACUACUCAACUCCAGUACCUCAAGCAAGUCCAGCAGCCCAGUGUCGCCCAACUGAGAUCAACAAUGGUAGACCCCGCGAUCAACUUAUUUUUCCUAAAAAUGAAAGGUGAACUGGAACAGACUAAAGACAAACUGGAACAAGCCCAAAAUGAACUGAGUGCCUGGAAGUUUACGCCUGAUAGGUAAACAAAUCAUACUCCCCAGUCAAGACUUCCCUGACAGUCC